AUGUCUCCCAAGGUCCUCGUCGUUCUCACCUCGGCCAACGAGAUCCCCAAGCUCCAGAAGCCCACUGGCUGGUACUUGCCUGAGUUCGCCCACCCAUGGGAAGUCCUCCAUGAGAAGGUCUCGUUGACCAUCGCCUCCCCCAAGGGUGGCGAGGCCCCUCUGGAUCCUUCCUCCGUCGAGAUGUUCAAGUCCGACGAGACGUCCACCAAGUUCCUCGCCGAGCAAAAGGCCCUCUGGACCAAGACCGAGAAGUUGUCCGACGUUCUUGCUCGCGCUGAUGAGUUUGACGCUAUCUUCUACGUCGGCGGUCACGGACCUAACAUGCGCCUCCUUUCCCCCUUUGGCUCCGAAUCACCAGCCAUGUUCGACCUCACCACAGACUCCACCUCUCUCUCCUUGAUCCAGACCUUUGCCGUCGCCAAGAAGCCCGUGGCCGCCGUCUGCCACGGUCCCUGCGUCUUCCUCAACGCCACCGCUCCCUCCGGCGUGCCCCUGAUCUCCGGCGCCACCGUCACCGGCUUCUCCAACACCGAAGAGGACCAGGCGCAGCUCUCGGAUGCCAUGCCCUUCAUGCUGGAGACCGAGCUGCAGAAGGUGUCGGGUGGCGGCUACGUCAAGGCCGACGAGCCGUGGGGCGAGAAGGUCGUUAUCUCCAAGACGGCCGGUAUCGGUGGUCCGUUGAUUACGGGCCAGAACCCUGCCAGUGCAACUGGAGUUGGUAAGGCUUUGUUGCAGGUUUUGGGUCUGUAA